GUAUUUGAACUCGUUCUCGUCCGAAAUGGGUCGAAUUUUAACGACGAAUGGUAAAUGUCGCACGUGUUUGACAACGACUUGGGCCACUCGUGACUCGGCUCGGGACAGUUUGAGCAACAAGCCCGCAGGCGUGGUUUUAAGGUCCGUCUCGGUCGCGGUGCGCGUGCACCGUGUCAUGCCGCGGCCACGUGUUGACGCUCGAGGAAGGAAGAGCCGAGUAGGAACGAGGUGGGGGUGGACUUCAUCCGACUCGCUUGACCCGCUCUCGGAUCGAAAGUGACGCCGAUAUUUUCGCGACUCGGACCCGCCACAAGGACAACUUUGAGUCCAGAGACGACGACCUCAAUUGACGCGGAACUACGGCUCGAGUCGACUUCGGCUAAGCCGCGUCUUAAAAAAGUUGUUCCCGGUGAGUUCUUUUCGAGAAUUCCACCAGUCACCCCCUCCGCAUUUUUUCCCUCAAACUUAAACCGGCUCAUGUGCCGUUUGAAACCGCUCGCACACGCGCCCACGAGCUCGCCAUGAGGGACGAGUCGGACGAGAAGAAGCCCGUCGAGGAGGCAGCCGAGCCGGCGUCCGGGGACGGGUCGGAGGGUCUCCGGCGGCUCGCCGGUCCGAGUGACGCCGCCUCGGUCGACGGAGUUUGGGAGACGCGCUUGUACAAGCGUCGCUGGGUCAUGGUGCUCCUCUUCAGCUCCUACUCGCUGUGCAACUCGUACCAGUGGAUCCAGUACGGCAUCGUCAACAACAUCUUCAUGAAGUUCUACCAAGUGGACGCCUUCACCAUAGACUGGAUGUCCAUGAUCUACAUGCUCACCUACAUCCCCUUCAUCUUCCCGGUGACGUGGCUGCUGGACAAGAAGGGCCUGCGGACGGUGGCCCUGGCCGCCACCGCGCUCAACUGCGCCGGGACGUGGUUCAAGGUGGGCAGCGUCCGGCGCCACCUGUUCGCCGUCACCUUCCUGGGUCAGUUCUGCUGCUCCCUGGCCCAGGUCUUCAUCCUGGGCAUGCCGUCCAGGAUCGCCUCCGUCUGGUUCGGAUCCAACGAGGUGUCCACCGCCUGCUCCAUCGGCGUCUUUGGGAACCAGCUCGGUAUCGCCAUCGGGUUCCUGGUGCCCCCCAUCCUGGUGCCCAACGUGGACGACAUGGACGAGCUGGCCCAGCACAUCAGCAUCAUGUUCUACAUCACCGCCGGCGUGGCCACCUUCCUCUUCAUCCUCGUCGUCUUGGUCUUCCAGGAGCGUCCCAAGCUCCCCCCGACUCAGGCUCAGGCCACGGCGCGACGCAUCCCGCCCGAGCAGUAUUCCUACACGGCCUCCGUCCUCCGGCUUCUCCGCAACAGGCCCUUCAUCCUGCUCAUCGUCACGUACGGCUUGAACGUGGGCUCUUUCUACGCGGUGGGCACCUUGCUGAACCGCAUGAUCAUCGAACACUACCCGGGCGAAGAGGUGAACGCGGGCCGCAUCGGGCUCACCAUCGUCAUCGCCGGCAUGGUGGGCUCCCUCAUCUGCGGCGUGUGGUUGGACCGCACCAAGACGUACAAGCAGACCACCCUGGCCGUGUACUUCAUGUCGCUGGUGGGGAUGGUGGCGUACGCCGCCACGCUCGGCCUCGGCCGCCUUUGGAUCGUCUUCAUCACCGCCGGAGUUCUCGGGUUCUUCAUGACAGGCUACCUGCCGCUGGGCUUCGAGUAUGCCGUGGAGCUGACCUAUCCCGAGUCGGAGGGGACGUCCUCCGGACUCCUGAACUGCUCCGCGCAGGUCUUUGGCAUCAUUUUCACCAUCUGCCAGGGCAAGCUCAUCGACAACUUUGGCACGCUGUCGGGAAACAUCUUCCUGUGCGUCUUCCUCCUGGUGGGCACCGUCAUGACGGGCUUCAUCAAGUCGGAUCUGCGGCGGCAGAAAGCCAACAUGUCGGCCAAAGCGCAAGCGGAGGCGAUGACGUCGGACCAGAAUACGGCGCCGCGGCCUUAAUCUCCGGAUCUCAGACUCCGCCUCCACUCUAAAGCCUUCUAUAAACAAACAAACAAACAAACACGCCCCCCACCCCCCCACUCCAGAAAAAAAAAAUCUCUGGAAAUCAUAGCGCCGCCUGCAGACGCCCCGAGGUAAUAAUCACACGCCAAUCUGUCUGCUUCACUGUUGCUUUUUGGCUUUGGACGCAAUCGUGCGAAUGAAUGCGAGGCAGCUUUUGGCCUUCAAGCCGCAGCGCGUCUUUUUUCCACAAGAGGGAGGCAGUGGACAGCCGGCCCAGAAAACAAAGAAAAGCCAAAUGGGACGCACUGCAGCUUAGAAGGGGCAUGGAAUGUCGUAAUCUUAGUGAUAAAACAAAAGAAGAAAUCACAGUGAAAUUGCAAUAAUCACCUGACAAUUUUUUUCUUUUAUCUAUGAUACUAUACCCGAUUUUUCAUCAUUGAAAAGAAGAUUGAAAAACAUUCAAAAGAAUGCACUUUGUAAUUUUCGAAUGACAUAAAAUGUCCUUUCCUACAAGGAAAUUUCUCAUAUAGUGAUGAGGAUGAUGAGAGUCAUUUUUCAAAAUUUCAAUUCAUUUUUUUUGAAUGCACGCUUUGGAGAAGUACAAAGAAAGGGCCUUCCGUUGAAGGUGUGUGUUUCCAUCUGCAGGGACCAUCCGAGCGCCCGAAAUGCGCCGUCUUCCAAGAAGCCAGCUUUUAAACGACAACUAGCACACUUGAUAGAUCAGACGGCAGCAAAAUGAGUUGUUCUUUUUUUUUUUUUUUUUUUUUUUUGUCACAGCAAUCCAUGUUCAUUUGACAUUCCCUCCAACGUGACUUAACGGAAUCGUGUCGCUGUCUUUCUAUAGCUCCAUGUAUUAAAAAUGAUCUGACAAUUUUA